AUGAAUAGCCAAGAACUUUUGGAUGGCAGUGGCGUAUCAUUCAUGGCCCAGCAAUUUCAGUUAUUGAACUCACAACUAGCCACACUAUCAGCCGGCAUGAAUGAUAUAAGAGCCUUACUGGCAGAACAAAACGAAAAAAUCGAUGGAUGUAUGGCGCAUAUUGUCAACCUGAGAGAAGAAAAUGAGUCGUUGAAAGUUAGAGUCACAGACCUAGAAAAAAAAAUGGAUGCUACUUCAGCCCCAACAAUAUAUUCAGAGGUAACUUCGAGACUGGAACGAGAAAAGAAUGUGAUAAUAAACGGCAUCGAUGAAUCUGUAGAUGACACUAAGGCGGUGUCAAAUAUUUUACUUGAGCUCAAUUUACCCAAACCACUCCACCCUACCAGGAUGUACAGACUUGGUAAACAAGAUUUGUCCAAAAUACGCCCCCUGAAAGUAGAAUUCUCGUCUCGACAGGAAGCCCUUUCAAUUUUAACCAGAAGACCAAAAUUGCCUCUGAAAGAGUUCCCGAAUGUGAAGAUCAAAAAUGACUACACACCGAGACUACGUGAAGAACUAACGUCUAUGUAUAAAGAAAUUGAACAAAGAAGGGCCCAUGGAGAAAAUCUUCGUGUGAAAUUCGUUUCCAAGCAACCAACAAUAGUCUCCGCCACUCCAAAAAGACCGCGUGAUGAAUAA